AUGCACCACUCCGUCGCCACCGUCCCGCUGGCGGUCACCGCCGGCAUGCUAUACGCGCGCGCCGCCGCCGCGUCCACCCGCCCGGGCCCGGGCCGCCUCUUUGCUUUCACCCCGGUGCUCGCCCUUCUCCUCGUGCUCCCCUUCUCCGUCCCGCUCUACGGCGCCCGGGGCCUCGCCGCCUUCUUCCUGGUCUGGCUCGGCGAGUUCAAGCUCCUCCUCCUCGCCUUCGGCCGCGGCCCGCUCGACCCGGCCCUCCGCCCCCUCCCGUUCGUGUUCACCGCCUCGCUCCCCGUCAAGCUCCGGCAGUCGCGGAGCCAAGCGGCGGACGCUGCCGUUACCACGGCGGGGACGGUCGCUCUGCCCCUCCUGUCGUCCGGCAUCAAGGUCGCCGUCAUGGCGUCCGUUUUCAGCCUCCUCUUCCGCUCCAAGGACACGCUGCACCCCUACGCCGCCUUCGCCCUCUACGGCGUCGUCAUGUACUGCGUCCUCGACUCCCUCCUGCCGUGCCUCGCCGUGGCGGGGAGGGCGCUGGGCAUGGAGAUGGAGCCGCAGUUCGACCGGCCGUACCUCUCGGCCUCGCUCGGGGACUUCUGGGGCCGACGGUGGAACCUGGUGGCGUCCGCGGCGCUCCGCGCGGCGGUCCACGACCCCGUCCGGGCACGCCUCGGCGCCCCCGCCGGCGUGCUCGCCGCGUUCCUCGUGUCGGGCCUCAUGCACGAGGUGGUGCUCUACUACCUCACGUUCCGGGCGCCCACGGGGCGGGUCACGGCCUUCUUCGCGCUGCACGGCGCGUGCGUCUGCGCCGAGCGGUGGUGCGCGCGCCGGUGCGUCGGGCGGGCGAGGCCGCCGCGCGUGGUGGCGACGCCGCUCGUCAUGGGGUUCGUGGUGGGCACGGCGUUCUGGCUGUUCUUCCCGGCUAUCUUCGGCGACGGGAUGGACGACCUCUACCUCGCCGAGAACGCUGCGCUGGCGUCGUUGUUCCUUGAUGCGGGGGCAUGGUUGCUACGGCUGGUCGGCCUCGGCCAGUGA